GUGGCCAAACAAAACGCGCGCGCUUCGCUGCCACUCGCCUCGCCAAGAACACCACCGCGCGGCGCCCACUUACCACGGCACGAGAAUUCCUGCCCCCGUUUCCGUCCGCGAUGGCCCUGCAGGUCGCCGGCGGCGCGGGAUGUUGUGGCUGCCUCCCGCUCCUCGGCCAGCGGCGAACAGCAGCGUUUCGCCCGCCCCGCGCGGUGGCCUCCGAGGGCGCGGCGGUGGAGGACGGCAGCAAGGUGAUGCUGGGCGGGUCCGGCGUGGCGGUGACCAAGCUUGGCAUAGGGGCCUGGUCCUGGGGCGACACCACCUACUGGAACGACUUCGAGUGGGACGAUAGGAAACUCAAGGAUGCCAAAGGAGCAUUCGAUGCGAGCGUUGAUAGUGGAAUAACCUUUUUUGACACUGCGGAAGUAUAUGGUGCAGGGGUAUCGGGAGCGAUAAAUUCAGAAAGUCUACUAGGAAGAUUUAUCAAGGAAAGGAAAGAAAAAGAAGGGGUCGAGGUGGCCAUUGCAACAAAAUUUGCCGCUCUUCCAUGGAGGUUUGGCAGGGGAAGUGUAAUUUCUGCACUAAAGGGCUCACUUUCCCGCCUUGGUGUCUCCUCGGUUGAGUCAUACCAACUUCAUUGGCCAGGGAUAUGGGGCAACGAAGGUUACCUCGACGGCCUUGCUGAUGCUUAUGAACAAGGUCUUGUAAAAUCCGUUGGAGUCUCAAACUACAGUGAGAAACGUCUGCGAGAUGCUCACGAGCGCCUCAAGAAGAGGGGGGUUCCACUUGCUUCAAACCAAGUAAAUUACAGUCUGAUUUACAGGAACCCUGAGGAAAAUGGGGUGAAGGCAGCUUGUGAUGAGCUUGGGAUUACUUUGAUUGCAUAUUCCCCAAUAGCCCAAGGUGCUUUGACAGGAAAAUACACUCCAGCUAAUCCACCAACUGGACCUCGUGGACGGAUAUACACUUCUGAUUUCCUGUCCAAGCUCCAACCGCUUAUUAACAAGAUUAGGGAGAUUGGAGGAAGCUAUGACAAAACCCCAACUCAGGUGGUUCUUAACUGGCUUAUUUGCCAGGGCAACGUGAUUCCGAUCCCGGGGGCAAAGAACGCAGAGCAGGCCUGGGAGUUUGCCGGUGCGCUAGGGUGGCUCUUGACGGAGCAGGAGGUUGAGGAGCUGCGGUCCAUGGCGCGCGAGGUGAAGCCCGUCAUGGGUUUCCCGGUAGAGAAGCUGUAAAUCCGCGGCCAAGUUACCCUCGUGGUUUACUGCUACACAGGAUUUCCGUGAUCCUAGAUAUAGGAGUUGUAGUUCUGUGAAAAGGUGUGGAGUUGUAAAAAGAACAAAGACGUAGAAAAUCAUAACGGAAGUAAGUGUAUAUUCAGGCUCACGAUCAAAUUAUAUCAAAACGAUAGUUGUUUUGUUCU